UCAGGGUUACAGUUCACAGUAUUGGGACAGCUCAGACCCCUGCUGCUGCAUCUUCUACCCAGGAAUCCGGGGGAAAGGCCCUACAGGUCACAGACCCAGCGCAAAGGGUGCUCAGAGAGGACCUUCCAGGAGCUACCCGGGUUCCUAGACAGGUCUGACAAGAUGCCCAUCUUGGUAGAUGACAUCAUGAAGCUUCUAUGCUCCAUUUCCCAAGAGAGGAAAAUGAAGGCGGCUGUCAAGCACUCUGGGAGGGGUGCCUUGGUUGCGGGGACAGUGGCCUUUGUCGGUGGUUUGGUUGGUGGCCCACCAGGAAUUGCUGUUGGGGGGACUGUUGGGGGCCUGUUAGGUGCCUGGAUGACGAGUGGACAGUUUAAGCCGGUUCCUCAGAUCUUAAUGGAGCUGCCCCCUGCUGAACAGCAGAAACUUGUUAACGAAGCCACGGCCAUCAUCAGGAGCUUGGACUGGACAGAUGCUGUACAGCUCACUGCUCUGGUCAUGAGCAACCAGGCCAUGCAGCAGAAGCUCUUGGCCAUGCUCACCACCUAUGUCACCAAGGAGCUGCAGGCCGAGAUCCGCUAUGAUGACUAGGCUACUCCCCAUGGGGGAUGGGCUUUCACUUGGAUGAUUCUAUGGCUCCCAGAAGGUGACCAGGGAAUGGAGGAUGCCUGGCAGGUACCUCUGCACAUCAUCAGCAUUGACUGUAUGCUGGAGUACAAGUACAUCCUGUUGGACUGUCCCCUGCUGAAGAGGCUUUGGCUAUGUGACAUGGGCUGUGUGUGUUAUGGAAAGGUACAGGCUGUUGGCAUCCACAAACAGCUUGGGAGUCCUCUUGAUCCUGUAGGUCUAAAACAAGUUCUCUUAUAUUUUUGGUUGUGAGCCUAGUCUUUAACGGCUGAGCCAUCUCUCCAGCCCAAGAAGUUCUCUUGUUGGCUGGCCAACUGUGCUGGAUGAUCCUCUUCCUAUGAAGGUACCUCUAAGUAUCUGUCACAGGAUUGGACCCCCUUAGGCUCUAGGGUCUUGGGGUUUAGAGCCAGCUCUUGCCAGGAUUGUGCUUACCUGCUGAGUGUUCCCCUUUUUCACCCAGGGACUUCCCAGUGGUCUCACAAUGAUAGUGGUUCCUACUUUGAGUGAAGCCACAGAUACCAGGCAGUCUCCAUACUCCACCAUUGUUUAUGCCCCAGGGUCUCUGGUUAAGCUUCUAGAGUCUUUUGACUUCUUAUGGAAAAUCAUGGCACUUAUUUAUCUUUUACUUUUAUUGUCAAUUCUGGACCCUUCUUAUUCUCUACACUUUUGUAGUCUAAGUUAAUUAAACUCCAUUUCUUACUAUGUUACCUGGGCUGGCCUUAGACUCUUGGGCUCAAGUGAUCUUGCCACAUAGCUGGGACUGUAGGCUUGUGCCAUCAUACCCAGCUUUACCUCAAAGACUGUUCUCCAUGCCACUUUAUCUGUUAGUUCUUCCAUGUUCUCUAUCCCAGCUCAGUUUCCUCUGGGCACUGGCUGCAGUCUACAAUUUACUUGUAUGAAAAGACAAAAUUAACAAUGAAUGCAGUUCAAAGAUCCUGGCUGAGCUAGGUGCUGUGAUGCACACACCCACAGUCCCAGAGAAGUGAAAGGCCAAAGCAAGAGCGUCAUUGAGCCCAGGAAUUCAAGACCAACCUGGACAACAUAGAGGAGGCCAGGAGAUAGAAGGUGGGGACAUACCUCACCACCUUACUUGGCCUUCAUUUGCAGUCACAGAAUGGAGAUGCAGUGAAUGUUCUGAUGUGCUAGAGAGAGGAGGCUGACAGAGGAGGCCAAGGGAAAGCAGAAACAAAAGCACUAAGGUUAAUUAACCCACGGGUAGGCAAGCACCUUAUCGCCCUGGAUGAAACUGUCUGUUUAGAGAUUUGGCUAGUCUUGCCUAGAUUUCCCCAAGUGACAAUGGCUCAAACCUGACAAGUAGCAGAAGCUGGUAUUUUUUUUUCUUGUGGUGCUGUGGAUGGAACCCAGGAUCUUGCAUAAGCUAGGUAAAUACCACCAGUGAGCCCUGCUCCCAGCUCUCCUGUGGUAGAGCCAAGGCAAGUGCUGUCUGUACUGCUAAGCCUGGUCCCAGCCCUUGAGGGGCUCAAUUUUGGUUUGGCCAAUUGGUCCUAGUGCUGGAGCUCAACCAAUGACAUCAUAUACAUUUUAUUAAACAUUUGAUACUUCUUUUUAUCCCCUAUUGGAGAUGUGCACUCAGGGAGGGAAGGAGUUGUGUGUCUUUUUUUUUUUUUUUUUUGGUUCUUUGAGACAGGGUUUCUCUGUGUAGCUUUGCACCUUUCCUGGAACUCACUCUGUAGCCAAGACUGGUCUCGGACUCACAGAGAUCCACCUGGCUCUGCCUUGCGAGUGCUGGGAAUAAGGGUGUGCACCAUCACAUGUCUUGAUCACCCCUCCAAUCUCCAGCUUGUUCCUGCUUGGGACCAUGGCUUUCAUGGGGUGGACCCUCAAUAAAUAUUUAUUUUUAAAGCUA